GAGCCAAAGGAAGCAGAAGGGCAGAAUGGGAGUGCGCGUCCCGAGAUGACUGGCGCUGUGCUACCUCCAUGCACGAAUUCUCAGCCAAGGACAUAGAUGGGCGCAUGGUGAAUCUGGACAAGUACCGGGGCCACGUGUGCAUCGUCACCAACGUGGCCUCGCAAUGAGGCAAGACCGAGGUAAACUACACUCAGCUUGUCGACCUGCACGCCCGGUAUGCUGAGUGCGGUUUACGGAUCCUGGCCUUUCCCUGCAACCAGUUUGGCAAGCAGGAGCCAGGGAGUAAUGCAGAGAUCAAGGAGUUCGCUGCAGGCUAUAACGUCAAAUUCGAUUUGUUCAGCAAGAUCUGUGUGAAUGGGGACGAUGCCCACCCGCUGUGGAAGUGGAUGAAAGCCCAGCCCAAGGGCAGGGGCAUUCUGGGAAAUGCCAUCAAAUGGAACUUCACCAAGUUCCUCAUCGACAAGAAUGGCUGUGUGGUGAAGCGCUACGGCCCCAUGGAAGAGCCCCUGGUGAUCGAGAAGGACUUGCCUUGCUACUUAUAACUGCACCGAUCUUUGCCCCCACAUCGAGCCCCCCAACUGUGCCCCUCGGAGCCUUCCACCCGGCGCCCAUGACGGUCUGCCUGCAAACCAGCCCGCUGGUGGGGCAGACCCGAGAACCCGGCGUGCACCCCCUUGCCGGAGGAA